UUGGGGUACAUAAUUCCUGAGACAUGUGACGCAAUCUACUCUGCACUGAAAACAUAUUUGAAGUUCCCGAGUUCAGAAGAAGAAUGGCUAGCAAUUGCUGAAGAGUUUGAGCGUACAUGGCAAUUUCCAAAUUGUUUAGGAGCCGUCGAUGGGAAACAUGUAGCUAUAGUCCCUCCUGCCGGAGCCGGCUCACAUUUUUUUAAUUAUAAAGGGUAUCACAGUAUUGUACUUAUGGGAAUUGCAAAUGCAAAUUAUGAAUUUAUUUAUGUAGAUAUUGGAACAAAUGGACGUAUUUCUGAUGGAGCAUAG